UACCACCAGGGAAGUCCAGGAAUUUACCACUUUCUAGCAAGUCUCUGAACCUCCUCCACUUUCUCUCUAAGAAAGACAAUCAGAGUAUCUCCUCUGCGUCACUUUGAGAUUAAAGUUCACCGACCUAAUAUGUGUGAAGCGUUUUGCCCUUUGUAAACUCAUGACACACCCGGGACGCUUCUGUCCCUGGCUCUCUGUCCUCUUUACAACUCUCCCCCACCCUGACAAUGGCAAGCCCCAUCUGGACUGGCUCCAGCUCUGCAGGGGUGCAUUCAGGGGUUGUAUGCCAGGCUGGUCCUGCCCCAGGGCACCUUUCACACCUAUAUCUCCUGGGGUGGGGACUGCUUCCAGGCCUGGACCCUCCGGUGCUGGAGUGCAUGGAAAAGGAUCAUGUGGAGCCGAAUCAUGUGUUGAUUGUCCAGCAGGUGCUUGAAGAACUCCGUCAGUACCAUGGGGCCCGGCAGAGGGCUCGCUUGUCGGUCUGCCCUGGAGGAGCAGCUUCCAACCUCACCUGGUUUGAGUUCCUGUCUGAGAGCGAGGACAGCAUGGGGAAGACGGAGAGAAGUGACAGGGGCACCCGGGUGAAACGCAGCCUGAGCUCCCUGCGCAAUCGAGUCACCAGGCAGAAGGAGAAGGGGAAGACCCCAGUGCAUCAGAAGGACAAAGGUCAGGAUGCGCGCGAGAGGAAAGAAUGUAUCAACGGGCACCAGCUGGCUCGAGGAACCUUCUCUGGCCACUCCAGCUGCCCUCUGUGUGGCAAACCUUUUCUGAGUUCUGCAUCCCUGAAGGAGCACCCGAGGGCCACCCUCCUGUCCGAUGGCAGCCCGCGCCCGACCAGGAAUGUCGGCAUGACGGUCUCGCAGAAGGGGGGUCCACAGCCAGCACCCAGCCCAGCGGGAACCGGGACAAGACUUGGACCACUAACAGGAGAAAUGGAUGAAACUGACACAUUGUUUCCGAAGCUCAAGCAGGUGGCCGAGGACUCUCUUUUUCUUACAUUUUCCAGCACUGAGCCCAUCUUCACAGACGACCCCUACACUGCCUCGCUGAAGGGUGAGAUCGAAGCAGACGCCCGUGAGUUCGAGGCUGAGUCCUGGAGCCGCUCUGUGGACCCCGAGUAUGUGAAGAAACAGAAGAGGGAGGUGGUGAAAAGGCAGGAUGUGCUCUACGAGCUGAUGCAGACAGAGGCCCACCACGUGCGGACGCUCAAGAUCAUGCUCAAGGUCUACUCGCGGGCCCUGCGGGAGGAGCUGCAGUUCAGCCCCAAGGCCGUCAGCCGCCUGUUCCCAGGCGCGGACGACCUGCUGGAGGUGCACGGCCACUUCCUGUGUCGGCUGAAGGAGCGCCGCCUGGAGUCGCUGGAGGAGGGCAGUGCCUGCAACUACGUCAUCCAGAAGAUCGGGGACCUCCUGGUUCAGCAGUUUUCAGGUGAAAACGGGGAGAGGAUGAAAGAAAAAUACAGCGUCUUUUGUAGCAGUCACAACGACGCUGUCAGUCACUACAAGUUGCUGCUGCAGCAAAACAAGAAAUUUCAAAACUUGAUCAAGAGAAUCGGCAACUUCUCCAUCGUGAGGCGGCUCGCUGUGCAUGAGUGUAUCCUCCUGGUCACCCAGCGCAUCACCAAGUACCCCGUGCUGGUGGAGCGAAUUAUCCAGAAUACAGAAGCUGGCUCCGAGGACCACAGAGACCUGACCCAGGCCCUGAACCUCAUCAAAGACAUCAUCUCACAAGUGGACGCCAGGGUCAGCGAGUACGAGAAGGGCCAGCGCCUCAGGGAAAUCGCGGGAAAGAUGGACCUCAAGUCCUCCAGCAAGCUCAAAAAUGGGCUGACCUUCCGCAAGGAGGACAUGCUACAGAGGCAGCUCCACCUGGAGGGCACCCUGUGCUGGAAGACCACCUCUGGGCGCCUGAAAGACGUCCUCGCGGUCCUGUUGACAGACGUGCUUCUGCUGCUCCAGGAAAAGGAUCAGAAGUACGUCUUUGCAUCCGUGGUACGUGUCCUGUCCCUUCACUGCUUGAAACCUGCCUGCAUGGAGGCGGCCGAGGGGCGGGAGCAACCAGGGGGCCACCUCAUCCUGCUUGGGUCAGGGCCACCCCCUCAGCCCUCCCUGCAACUUAAUCACCCCUUGAAGCACACGGGCCUUCCUGCCGCCCUGGCCGCUCCCUCGGCCGUGCUGCUGCUCACUCACUGCCCAGACGAGGAGGAAGGCCCCUUCAGCGAGGCCGAAGAGGAGAAGGCCCGUGCUGUGAGGCUGAGGGACUUUCAAGAACGACUGAACAGGAAAGACCAGCAGAUCGCCCAGAGCCUGAGUGAGAAGCAGCAGAUCUACCUGGAGAUGGCCGAGAUGAGCGGGCUCGAGGACCUCGCCUUGUCUCGGCUCCUCUUCCGGGGAGGAGACCCCCCCGAGAACCUGCAGGGCGAGCUGAUUCUCAAGUCAGCCAUGAGUGAGAUUGAGGACAUCCAGAGUUUCAUCUGCAGGCGGCUGGGCAACGCCUACGGCCAGGCAGAAGACAGGGGCAGUGCGGGCAGCCCAGGCAAGGACGGCAGUCUUCAGAAGAACAUGUGCAGCAGUGACCUCAGCCCCCGAGACUGGCAGGCCCUGGUGAGCAGCCUGGACUCGAAGCCUGGAGACACCCAAGGGGCCCCUGAGGAAGCCUCGAAGGCAGAGUCACCAGGUACAGAGCCCGGCCCCGCGCCACCUGCGGUCCUGGAGUUGGAGCUCGUCCAGCGGAUCCAGACGCUGUCCCAGCUGCUCCUCAGCCUCCAGGUGGUCAUCACCCAGCAGGACAGCUACGUGGAGAUUCAGAAAGCAGCCAUCCAGGAGCGUGAGAAGCAGUUCCGGCUGCAGUCGACGCGCGGGAACCUGCUGCUGGAGCAGGAGCGGCAGCGCAACUUCGAGAAACAGCGGGAGGAGCUGGCGGGCGUGCAGAAGCUGCAGGGCCAGCUGCGGCUGGAGCAGCAGCGCUGGGAGCGCGAGCGGGAGCAGCAGCGCCGGGAGCUGGACCAGGCGUCCACGCGGCUGCAGCAGCGUGAGAGUGAGUUGCUGCAGCUGCAGGAGCGGCUGAACCAGGAGCGCGAGGAGCUGGAGCGCCAGCGCCAGGCCUACCAGCACGACCUGGAGCGGCUGCGCGAGGCCCAGCGGGCCGUGGAGCGCGAGCGCGAGCGCCUGGAGGUGCUGCGCCGGCUCAAGAAGCAGAACACAGCGCCCGGGGCGCUGCCGCCGGAGACACUGGUGGAGACCCAGCCUCUAAGCCACGCUCCCAGCUUCAAUGGGAACGGGCUGGAAGGAUCCAUGGCCCUGACCAAAGCACCGGGGCCCCGACCCAACUCGGUGGUGUCCAGUGCGGGGUCUGAGUACGCCGAGCGCCCCGAGGUGGCCCGCAGGGACAGCGCCCCGGCCGAGAGUCGCCCGGCCAAGAGCGACGUGCCCAUCCAGCUGCUGAGCGCCACCAACCAGAUCCAGAGGCAGGCAGCUGUGCAACAGCAGAUCCCCACCAAGUUGGCGGCCUCCACCAAAGGCGGGAAGGACAAGGGAGGCAGGAGCCGGGGCUCCCAGCGCCGGGACAGCUCAGCCUCGUUUGACCUGAGGCAGCCGCUGCUUCUCAACAAGCUCAUGGGCAAAGAAGAGAACACCUCUCGGAACCGCCGCUCACUGAGUCCCGUCCUGCCCAGCUCCACGCCCCCCCAAGACCCCAGCCUCCCAGCCCCGACCCCAGGCCCAGCCGACGUCCCCACUGACAACCUCCCCCUCAAGGCCCGAGGGUCAUCCUUCCAACCCGGGGCUCCAUCCUCCACACCACUCGACAAGGAAGAAACCGGCAAGGAAGACGUCAUCUUCUUCUAGGGGGCAUGGCUCGGGGUGCACUGCCCACUCUUCAUGCUCUGUGGCCCCACCCCACCCCCAGGCCCACCCUUUCACCUUCCCAAGCAGGCCUCCUCUGACAUCUGCCAGGAUGGGGCAGGUAGGGCUGGCCUGCUGUCUUGAGGCUGCUCACUCUGAAGGAUUAGCAGUGGUGCCUGGGCAACUUUGUAAACCUUUUUUUUAACAUGAAAAGGAAAGUUUGUAAUGGAAGGUUGAAGCAAAGCUAACCCACGGAGCUGCCAUCUGCCUCAUAGCGCCCCAUUCCAGCAGAGGAGAGUCCCACUCCGCGCUGUCUUUCCAAGGUAGUGACCAGGGCCACCAGGAGAUCCUGGAGCGAGCCACAGUGACACCAGCAGGGGCCCGGUGGGGUUGGCUCUGUCCACAGAAUCAGGCCGAAUUGACUUCUAAAGCAGAGACCUCAGUGGGUUCAUGGUGAACUUCUAGGCCAGGAUGUGAGCCCACCCAGGGGUGGCCCACGGUUCACCCAGGACAGAGGGCCACAGGGCAGGCAGGGUGGCGGAAGGGGUUGGCCGAUGGCAUGCCCGGUAUGUCCUGUAGGUUCGGAAGCUCGUCCUCAAAGGGGCUGACCGGGAGGGGACAGACCACAGCUCAUUUUAAUCUGGUGGAGGUUUUUAAAACCCACUCUUGUCGAAGUUGGUGCUUUCCCAAAGCGCCUCUCAGACUCAACGCCUGGCAAGCCAAGCCCAGGGCUUCCACCAGGGCUGGCGCAUGCCUGAGGGUCCCGGCCCCGGGUAGAGAGUCCUUCCCCAUGAGGUGGCCCCCAGCUGGCAUCCCCAAUGGAUGGGCAGAUACUGGGGUGACACAGAGCAGUGGGAGCAGAGCUCGGAAGGGACCAGUGUGGCCUGGGCGAUUACUGCUGCCAGCGAGUGCACAGACCGCCGCUUCAGGCACCUCACAUUGCGUGAGCGUCGCAGGUUGUCAUCAGCUCCCCCAGAGGAGGGCAAGGACCACCAGUGUAGCCUCUUGGUGCAGCCGCAGGUGUUGGGUGGUGCCACGCAUCCACACCACAGCAGUCCUGGAGUGACAGUGGGUCACACCCACAUUCCAGCUCUGGCCAGGUGCAGGCUCGGGGCCAGGGAGCAUUCCAGCCUUCUCCUGCACGCCAGACUCCCCUGCAGAAGCCAGUAUCCCGCCAAGUACUGGUGGGAAGACAGGGUCUGGGGCGGAGCAGGAGCCUGGGCACCACGGCCCGCGGUGACAAGGUACUGACACAGCCCUGGAGCUCUCCAGAGGAGCAGCAGCCCCCGUCCCCCGGGACAUGUCCAAUCACCCAUCCCACAUCUGUAAUCACUGUGUUUGGUCCUGAGACACAUCGGAGCACUUUAGAAAAGCUGACUUUACAUUCCUGUCCUGUCCUGAAGAGGACAUUCCUGGGCCACGUGCCCCCACGCACGGGAUCCUCUCUCACCCACCCAGGGGAUUCCUGCAAGGAUAAGUUCAAGGCCACGUGGUGGGAAUCGGCCAAGGAGGCUUCCAGGUGGUGCCUGAAGCAGGGCAGCACCAUGGGCCCAUCCCACCAGGACCCUGAGGUCACUCCCGGGUACAGCCCAGUCUCGUUUGUAAAGUUAGGAGUUGAGCAAACAUUCCUACUUUCGUGGGGUCUGUGCACAUCUUCGUUAAUUGUGACCAUGACCUUAGUCAACCUGACGAUCAUUUUUUACAAAGAAAGCAGCAUUUCCUCACUGGGGGUUGUCUGAACCACUCUAGAACUUAAGACCUGACUCUAGCAAUAAACGUGUCUAAAGGGA